GGCCGCGGGCGCUGAUUGGCUGCUCGCUGACAUCCUCAAACCCGGCUGCUCGGCGCUGGGCUCCGGAGGGGGGCGGCUGCGGGUGGAGGUGCGCUUCUGACAAGCCCGAAAGUCAUUUCCAACCUCAAGUGGACUUUGUUCCAACUAUUGGGGGCGUCGCUCCCCCUCUUCAUGAUCGCCGGCAAACUUCCUCCUCGGCGCUGCUUCUAAUGGAGCCCCACCUGCUCGGGCUGCUACUCGGCCUCCUGCUCAGUGGCACCAGGGUCCUCGCCGGCUACCCAAUUUGGUGGUCCCUGGCCCUGGGCCAGCAGUACACAUCUCUGGGCUCCCAGCCUCUGCUCUGCGGCUCCAUCCCAGGCCUGGUCCCCAAGCAGCUGCGCUUCUGCCGCAAUUACAUCGAGAUCAUGCCCAGUGUAGCGGAAGGUGUGAAGCUGGGCAUCCAGGAGUGCCAGCAUCAGUUCCGGGGCCGACGAUGGAACUGCACCACCAUAGAUGACAGCUUGGCCAUCUUUGGGCCUGUCCUGGACAAAGCCACUCGCGAAUCAGCCUUCGUGCAUGCCAUCGCCUCGGCUGGUGUAGCCUUCGCGGUCACGCGCUCCUGCGCCGAGGGUACCUCCACCAUCUGCGGCUGCGACUCGCAUCAUAAGGGGCCACCUGGAGAAGGCUGGAAGUGGGGCGGCUGCAGCGAGGACGCCGACUUCGGGGUGCUUGUGUCGCGGGAGUUCGCAGAUGCACGGGAAAACAGACCGGAUGCCCGCUCGGCAAUGAACAAGCAUAAUAACGAGGCAGGCCGCACAACCAUCCUGGACCACAUGCACCUGAAGUGCAAAUGCCACGGGCUGUCGGGCAGCUGUGAGGUGAAGACCUGCUGGUGGGCCCAGCCCGACUUCCGUGCCAUUGGCGACUUCCUCAAGGACAAGUAUGACAGCGCCUCAGAGAUGGUGGUGGAGAAGCACCGGGAGUCCCGAGGCUGGGUGGAGACCCUGCGAGCCAAGUACGCGCUCUUCAAGCCACCCACCGAGAGGGACCUAGUCUACUAUGAGAACUCCCCCAACUUCUGUGAGCCCAACCCUGAGACGGGCUCCUUUGGCACCAGGGACAGGACUUGUAAUGUCACCUCCCAUGGCAUCGAUGGCUGCGAUCUUCUGUGCUGUGGCCGCGGCCACAACACGAGGACGGAGAAGCGGAAGGAGAAAUGCCAUUGCGUCUUCCACUGGUGCUGCUACGUCAGCUGCCAAGAGUGCAUCCGCAUCUAUGAUGUGCACACCUGCAAGUAGGGGGCCAGGGCACUGGGAAGGGGUGGAUUGUGCCGCUGGAUCCAUUCAUCGAAGUCCCACGGGAAGCAGGAUCUAGAUCUGGGCCAGCCUUCGGCACUGGCCAGCAAGGAGCGUGGACUGUUUGCCAGCUGCAUGUGAUACACGACCUGGACCCAGCCGGCUUCGGACGGGAGGCCCUUCUUUCUCAUCUAACGUUUCUCACCCUGCUCUGGAUGGUGUGUGGCUUUACAGAGGGGCUUUCUUUUUUGGUUUUCCAGGGUCUGCUGGGGACAGACCCAAGGCUUACCUUUGCACAUGUUAAAGAAAAUAAAAGUGAAAAAAAAAUUCUACUGCAACAGAACAGGCUGGGCUAAUGCGAGCUCUUGGCCUGGUGGUAAAGACAAGAGCAUGGCAAGAGUCUGUCUCCAAGCUGCCUCUACUCAUGACAUUCCAAGAUGCCUCUGAGGUGGGGGUUGUGAAACAGAACAGAGCCCUGCAGUCCCUUUUGUCCAUCUACUCCCAUUCAAAUUGACACACUUUCCCAUUCUGAGAAAAGCCAUAGGGAUAGCCAGGAUGUAGUGGCGGGAGGCCCUGGGCAGUUGUCGGAGCAGGAUCUUGAGUUUUGAAGAACUCAGAAUUCUGGACGGCCUGGGAAGCCAUUUGAAAAAUAACUGAGUUCCUCUUAGGCUCAUGUUUUUUUCUAUAGCCCUGCUCUGCAUUAGAAAUAGUCAGAUCUCAACAUCUGUUUCUGUCAUUCCACAGCUUCUACCUGCCACUGCAUCUGCCUGUCAUGGUGGCCCUUGUAAAUAGGUUAGACGUGCAGGCAAGUCUCUUCCAGUUCCAUGCUCUCCCUGCAGGAAGAGGGGGCUGCUCUGCCCUUCUCAGUCCCGCUCACCAGCAGACACUAGGGAGAACAGCUAGACACCUUAGUUAACUAACAGCCCCAGUGUGGAAACAAUCAUCUCGCGAUUCCAAAUCUGCGGCUGGCAGGCAGGAAGGGUGAAGAUCCCCAUUUCCCUUGAGUUAGGAGGGCAGGGCCUCCCCGGGUCCUUCCCUCCCUUUGGCGUGAAUAACCCAAAAGACAAGAGAACCUGAACACAGCGCUUCCCUUCCCCCACCUGCAAGUGAGGUAGCCUAUCUCAGUUCCCAAGACCUGGAGUUGAUGCUCAGAGGAGGCAAGACAGAGAAUGAAGCCUCUCCCAACUGAGUUCUGAUGCACGGGGUCCUGGCUGGGGUUAGGAAGAUGGGCGUGGCAGCGUGGAUCAAUCCAUCAACUCUGUCUUAAGGAGAAUCAGAAAGCAGAGAUGCGACCGAGGAAUGGAGCAGAGCAAGGAUCUGUCCUUCCCCCUUCUGUCUGGGGUCUGCUAACUCUGACUUGACAUCCGGGCAGUUACUUAACUUUCCUGUCGGGCAGUUGGCUUGCCAAGUGUAGGCCCUUGCCUGCACUCCCUACCCUGUGACACUGAGCACUGCUCAAGGUACACCACCUCCCACCCCUUCCUAGCAUCCCAAAUGCCCCCUCCCACCUCUCCUUCCAGAAGUCUGAAAUCAAAGUCAACCGGAUAAUGCUUGCUAUUAUGAGGACACUUCAGCAGAACGGAUACAAAAUUUAAAAGUCUUUUCAUGUCUAUGUAUUCUAUAUUAAAAGUGAUAAAGUCAUGUUUCUGGGGUGUA